GCAGAAUGCAAGAUUGCAUACAGAAGCCGUUAGCAGCAACAUCAGCAGGAGCAGCGGCAGAAGUAGCGCGGUGGAGCCAGGGCAAGGGCGAGUUGGUGGUGGACGUGCCAAACAGUUUAGCUAGUCUAGCUUUAUUUUCAUUUGUGUGUUAGUUAGCAAGCACACUUUUAGUUUAGAGGUGGCACGUCCUGGCGGGAAGAGCGUCUUCGGUGACGUAUUUUCGGCAAGAAACGAGCUAGCUACUUUCUAUUCAUCAAACCAUCGGAUCCACCCUCUCGCCUCCUUUCACCAACACUCUUUCCUUUACUCGCCAUAUUCAACAGACAACCAUGGGUGGAUACUUGACUCCCGAUCCCGCCAUUGAAAAGUGGGUCCGCAUGCGCGAGUCGACCGCGCCUUACUUCCGCUGGAGCGCACGUAAUGUCCGUUCCGUCGCCCUCCUCGGACUCGUGAUCCCUGCCGGAAUCUUGUUCGUUGCUGAAAAAUACGAUCGCCAGUUCCAAUGGGCUGCUAAGGGUCCCUCACCCAAGGCCCCUGCCGAGAAGGAGGAGGAUGCUUAGAUGCUUUUCAGUCAGCAUUUUGUUAUUUCAUCUCUCCGAAACCUUGUUGUUGUCCACCUACCUUCACCUCUCUUCUCUCAUUCGAACAACUUCUUUUCACUUUUCAUCAAGACUCUACCACAGUCUGACGAUGGGACAAUGGGCAUGAUGGGAUACCUACUGAUAGAACAAAUAGUCAUCCAAUUGCUUCGCGAACGCACAUACAAUAAAGCUCCAGCGUCCUUUUGGCAAAUAACGAGC